AGCAGUCGCCACAUCUUUGUCAGUGAACAAAAUGGCAACCUACUGUCUCACUGUCGCGCGGCUUCAGCUUGCUCUGGGCCAUGGCGCACGGCGUCUGCAUGUAGCAGCAGCUUACAGAGCCAAGGCCCAAGUGUCCAUGAGUCGCUUCGAGCCCUCCUCCUUCGUCAACUAUGAGCAACUCAAUUUGAAUAUUGACAUCGUGCGAAAAAGGCUCAACCGACCACUCACCCUGUCAGAGAAGAUCGUCUAUGGUCACCUCGAUGACCCCCACAACCAGGAAAUUGAUCGUGGACGCACUUACCUGCGCCUGCGUCCCGACCGUGUGGCCAUGCAGGACGCCACAGCGCAGAUGGCCAUGCUCCAAUUUAUCAGCAGCGGCCUGCCAAAAGUGGCUGUCCCUUCCACCAUCCACUGCGACCACUUGAUCGAGGCUCAAGUUGGCGGAGUUAAGGAUCUGGCGCGAGCGAAAGAAAUCAACGAAGAAGUGUACAACUUCCUGUCAAGUGCUGGCGCAAAAUAUGGAGUUGGUUUCUGGAAACCUGGUUCCGGUAUCAUCCAUCAGAUCAUCCUGGAGAACUACGCUUAUCCAGGUGUGAUGCUGAUUGGCACAGACUCCCACACACCAAACGGUGGCGGACUUGGUUCCAUCUGCAUCGGAGUCGGAGGUGCUGAUGCUGUAGAUGUCAUGGCUGGCAUCCCCUGGGAGCUCAAAUGUCCGAAGGUGAUAGGAGUGAAGCUGACAGGUUCCCUUUCUGGCUGGACAUCACCAAAAGAUGUCAUCUUGAAGGUGGCCGGCAUUCUGACUGUGAAGGGCGGCACCGGAGCGAUCAUUGAGUACCACGGACCGGGGGUGGACUCCAUUUCCUGCACUGGAAUGGCCACCAUUUGCAAUAUGGGAGCAGAGAUUGGCGCUACAACUUCAUUGUUCCCCUACAACCACCGCAUGAGUACCUACCUGGAGAAGACCGGGCGUGGACAAAUCGCUGCCAUGGCUAACGAGUACUUUGACUUGCUGGUGCCAGAUGAAGGUUGCAAGUACGACCAGGUCAUCGAAAUCAAUCUGGAUGAGUUGAAGCCUCACAUCAACGGUCCAUUCACCCCUGACCUGGCUCACCCGGUUUCUGAAGUAGGUGCUGUGGCUAAGAAGAACGGCUGGCCAUUGGAGGUUAAAGUUGGUCUGAUUGGCAGCUGCACCAACUCCAGUUAUGAGGACAUGGGCCGUGCCGCCUCUAUUGCAAAGCAGGCUUUGGACAAGGGCCUUAAGUGCAAAGCUCAGUUCACUGUCACCCCUGGCUCGGAGCAGAUUCGUGCCACUAUUGAAAGAGACGGUUUCUCAAAAAUACUUGGUGAUGUUGGGGGUAUAGUUCUGGCCAACGCAUGUGGACCUUGCAUCGGACAGUGGGACAGACGUGAUGUGAAAAAAGGCGAGAAGAACACGAUCGUCACCUCUUAUAACAGAAACUUCACGGCCAGGAAUGAUGCAAACCCUGCAACACACGCCUUUGUUACAUCUCCUGAGAUUGUCACUGCCUUGGCUAUCGCAGGAACGCUAAACUUCAACCCUGAGACAGACUACCUUACUGCUGCCAACGGUGAGAAAUUCAAGCUGGAUGCACCCAACGGAGACGAGCUCCCUGCCAAAGACUUUGACCCUGGCCAGGAUACUUACCAGCACCCGCCUGCUGACGGCACUAGCGUCUCGGUGGAUGUCAGCCCCCAGAGCAACCGCCUACAGCUGCUGGAGCCCUUUGACCAGUGGAGUGGCAAAGACCUGGAAAACUUGAGAGUUCUCAUCAAGGUGAAGGGCAAGUGCACCACAGACCACAUCAGCGCUGCUGGCCCUUGGCUCAAAUUCCGCGGCCACUUGGACAACAUCUCUAACAACAUGUUGAUCGGUGCCGUCAACAGCGAAAACGAAGCCAUCAACAAGGUGAAAAACUACCUGACAGGAGAAUAUGGUGGAGUGCCCGAUGUGGCUCGUCACUACAAGGCCCAAAAUGUGUCAUGGGUUGUGGUUGGAGACGACAACUACGGCGAGGGCUCCAGCAGAGAGCACGCUGCGCUCGAGCCAAGACAUCUUGGAGGAAGAGCCAUCAUUGUGAAGAGCUUUGCCAGAAUCCACGAAACAAAUCUUAAGAAGCAAGGUGUGCUGCCACUGACCUUCAGCAGCCCAUCAGACUAUGAUAAGAUCUGCCCCGAUGACAAGAUCUCCAUUAAAGGACUCCAAACAUUCACUCCAGGAAAGCCCUUGACGGCUGUCGUGAAGCACAGCGACGGCAGCGAAGACGUCUUGGAACUCAACCACAGCUUCAACGAAACACAGAUCGAAUGGUUCAAGGCCGGUUCGGCUCUCAACAGGAUGAAGUCACUCCAGCACUGAUGGAGGAAGGACGAUUGUCAGGGGAGGAGAUGAGGAAUGUGUGAGGAUUUGUUUCUUCUUGACUGAAGUCAUAGCGCCAGUGUACCUCUCAAAAUGUCACUCAUGUCUAAUUGAACACUUUGAUACAUAACUGUACACAAUGAUUAACCUGCUUUGACUCCGUAUCUGAUAAUAGUGCGUUUCAUUUCACAACAGUAUGGUUUAUGAGUUGUGUGUGCCUACAGGGUAUCAUGCAAAGGGAUUCAGAUGCUCUACUUUUCUUCCCUCUAAAUGGAAAGUAACAUUUUUCCCUCAUGUUAUAUUUAUUUGGUCUGGCUUUUUACUCCAUGCAUACAAUUGGACCUACAUAUGUCAUGUGACAUUUGCCCAACCUAGAUAAAUAGGUUACUAAGGAAAUAAGAAACCAAGCUGAUGUAAUACUGUUACCACUGAGUUAUGAAGUUAUAGAAAGGGGAGAGUUGUGCAGCUUAAUGAGUAACAUCAACUAUGAAUUGAGGUCAUUUUAAAUGUCACGGUUACACUGCUCUCCAGCACUUUUAUGUAAAGUGUCUGUGUGUAUGCAUUUUAUUAUUUUUUCUCCUACCAGAUUUCCUCUGUAUUAUGAACGAUAACCGGUUGUAUAAAUAAAUGUUGGCAGAUCUAAGCUUA